AUGGGAAAUCCCUCCAGACAUCUUCUCUUGUACUUCGUCUUUGCUCUUGUCAGCACUGUCUUUUCGCAAUCCAACAACACCGUUCUCCCUGUCGGCUCGUGUACCGCUGAAAUACCAUGCAGUAAUGGAGCGUGCUGCAAUGGCGAUUCUGGAUUCUGCGGGUUUGGACCUUCUUUUUGCAAGACAGUUUCUCAAGGCGGUCCUUGCACGUCUAACUGCAAUGCCUUGGCUGAAUGCGGGCCCAAUGCAGCGCCCGCCAACUUCACAUGCCCUCUAAGCGUCUGCUGCUCACAAUUUGGUUUCUGUGGGACCACUGCAGAAUUUUGCGGAGCUGGCUGUCAGUCCAAUUGCAACCCACCCGCUCCCCGUUCCUGCGGCGCUGAUCAACAAAGCGCUACGCAAAGACGGAUUGGAUAUUAUGAAGGAUGGGCAGUCACUCGAGCGUGCUCCUCGUACCCACCUGAAAUGAUCUCUGCGGAGACGUUGACCCACAUCAACUUCGCUUUUGCUCUUAUUGAUGGAUCAUCUUAUGCGAUCAAAGAAAUGUCCCCCGGUGAUGCUGCUUUAUGGACACGGACAACGGCACUGAAGAAGAACAACGUCGCACUGAAGGUCUUUCUCUCUAUCGGCGGUUGGAGUUUCAACGAUCCUCCAACAUCUAACGUGUUUUCCAAUCUCGUUGCCAGUGCUGCAAACACUGCUGCAUUCAUCAACUCUGCCCUACAGACGCUGCAAGCGUAUGGUUUUGAUGGCAUUGAUGUUGACUGGGAGUACCCAGCUGCAUAUGAUCGAGGCGGCAAUCCUGCCGAUAAGGCCAAUUUUGUUACAUUCAUGGCCAAAGUCAAAGCAGCCUUCAAACCCCGAAAUUACGGUCUCACGUUCACUGCUCCGAGCAGUUAUUGGUACCUCCAACAUUUCGAUCUACCCGGCUUGCUCCAGUCAGCAGACUGGGUCAAUGUAAUGACCUACGAUCUACAUGGGACGUGGGAUGGAACGGACCCAUAUAUCGGUCCACUUGUUUUGGCGCAUACCAAUUUAACUGAAAUUGAAGACACUCUUUCCUUAUUCAACAACGUUGGCGUAGAUCCUAACAAGAUAGUUCUCGGCAUUGGAUUCUAUGGUCGCUCCUUCCAACUUGCAGACCCAAGUUGUUCGAGUCCCGGCUGCGUCUUCGUUGGUGGAGCCGUGCCCGGGGCCUGCUCGGCCAACUCUGGAACAUUGAUGUUUUCCGAAAUAGAGACCAUCCUCGCACAGCCGGGUGUGCAAGCAACCUUUGACGCCGCCGCCGCUGUCAAAUACGUUGUCUGGAACGAUGUCAACUGGGUCAGCUACGACGAUGCACAAACUCUUGCAAUGAAACUGCAAUUUGCCAACUCCCGCUGUCUUGGCGGAACAAUGAUCUGGAGUGUUGAUCAGGACGACACCUCAUAUUCUGCUCUCAAAGGUCUGUAUCCUGAUAUCGACGUCAACAAACCUUCGCUCGUGGAAUCCGGCGACCAAUGCACCAUCACCGGUUGUGGCCAAUCAUGCCCCUCAGGUUGGGAUACAUUAACUACGCUCACCACCAACCCUGGUGCUGCAACUUCCUGCCCGAGCAAUAAUCCCGCUCGGCUCUGCUGUCCUUCGGGCAACGCUCCGCAGAAUUGCUCUUGGCGAGGUGGCGGAGGAAGCACCUGUAAUCCUCAGUGUUCCGUUGGGGAAAUUACGAUUGCCACUGAUCCAGUUGGCGGGGAUGGAAAGCCAACUUGUGCUCAAGGAACGAAAGCUUUCUGCUGCUCUACCGGACAGAAUGAUCCAACUGGCUGUCAUGCGACGGGGUGUGGUUCGACUUCUUGUGCCUCUGGCGAUGCCUUCCUCACUUUUGUGAGGCAAGGAACCGAGGAUAAUGGAUCGUGUGAAGCUGAAAACUCAGACCCAAAUGUCAUCAACAAGCAACCAUGUCCCGAAAUCUGCGCGACGAACAACAAACCUGUUUGUUGUGAAGCAAGUGUGAUAUCGGCAUACACCAAUUGUGGUUGGGUCGGAGACCUCCCCAACUGUCUCAAUUCCGCGUGUCCGGCUGGAAAGGUCGCCGUUUUUGAUGAUAUUCAGGGAGAUGCUUCUCAGUCUUGCGUUGGCAAGGGCAAGAGGCUGUACUGUUGUAACCCACCCGCAAACGAACAAUUUUUGCCGGUCCCAGAAGCAUGGGUUUUACCCUCGCAGAACCCUACGCCCGGAGGAUUUGGUGUUAUUCAGCCUGCUUCCUUCACGGUUGACUUCGACGAUAACAUCGGAACGCCAGACACAAACACUCCGGGUGCUGGAACCUCUGGAGAAAGCGACGAUGGAAAAGAGAACGACAGCCCCUUUGGCGAAGUCUUCAUCUCUUCACCCAACCCAGGCUCUGUCAGUUCUCUGGAUCGAGCAUCUGACUGGGUCAUCACCAGCUGCGAUCGAUUCAGCGACCAGCCCCAAGAGGUGCUUGCGUUCUGCUCAAAAUCAAUGGACAGCGAUGAUGCGGGAUGUGGUCACGUGUUCAUCGAUCAGGCUGAACACACCAUUGUCAAACUGCCCUCAAGUUGUGGCGCUGGUCCGUAUGCACGUAUUGUAUCCCUCUCCCCGCACGAGGAUCAAGAUGUCUUACCAACCCACAUUCGCCGUGACCUACCGGAGAACGAACUUGUUUACUCUCUGCGGUUUGACUAUAACUUCGCUGCAAUUCCCGCUUCGAAUGGACCGAUCCUGAUGCGAGCCGAUGUGACGGAUAUGCCAGGCUAUUGGGACGAAAUGAUCAACUCUCCUCCGGAUGCUGGCACCACAGGCACCAGACGAUCAAACUCUAAGCGCGACUUCCACCAACCAGAGGAACUCGACAAGCGCUGGUUUGGACCGUUCGAUCGGUGGCUUCAAAAACUGAACACUGUCACGAGCUCAAACAGUAUCUCCCGCAACUUCCACUGGUCUGACACAUACACUAUUUUCCACCAGGAAGAGUCUUGCCCCCACUUUACGAGCAGCUUGGAUAUUUCGGUCACAGGAAAUGCUCAAGCCAAUAGCAGAUUCGGGUAUUAUCUUGAGGCAACGAUUGUCCCGCCUGCCAUUCAGCAAAGUUACGUUUACCUGACUGCUGGAGCGUCGGCCCAGGCUACUUUCACCGUUUCUGGACUGGCAAAGGCGCAAUUUGGAACGGAAAGAGCGGAGAUCAUCUCUUUUGGGUUCCCUGGACUUUAUUAUCCUGGACUGCUUACAAUCGGGCCCAGUCUUCAUCUCUAUGGUCAACUCUCUGGCCAAUUGAGCAUGUCAGGUCGAUAUAGUGCCAGCGUUGGGUACACAUUCCCGUCACUUGAUCUCACUUUUGGGAAAGAAGACUCGCAUGCUGAUGAAGAGCAGACAAGCAAUCCCGUCAGCCCCAACUCUAACAAUAAUGGCUAUGAUUACUCUUUCGGCUAUAAUGUCGAACUGUCGGGCAAUGUCGAGGCUCAUAUUGUUCCCAGCCUGCAACUUGGUGUCAGUAUCCUCGGGGGUUCUCUUCUCGAUGCGCAAGUGUUUGUUGAAGCCGACAUGUAUGCUGGAGUCGGGGUCACUGGCAGUGUUUCCAGCUCGGUUGCUCCCCAGUUCUGCGUCAAUCCUUACUUUGGUGUGGAUCUCAAUGCAGGACUCACGGGCUCCGUCCUCUUCUGGAGAGAUAAUGCAAUCAGUUAUCAAUUUUAUUCAACUCAAUUCCCCUUCGGCGGUAAAUGCUUCGGUUCACAACAGCAAGCUUCUGGGUCAUCAAAACGCGAUGGUCUUAUUACCGGUCAAGGCGAGACUGGCUCAGCUCUCAAGUUAUCACAUCGCUCGCCAUAUCCUGUCUACGCAGUGUACGAGACUGAAGCCGAAGGCUGGGUGGCACCGCCAACCCUACCCGUGGCGUCCAACUUGACCGAGCGACUAGAGAAGCGUGGUGGCGUGCCGUUUUUGCCAGGCAAUCUAUUUUGUCCUGAUGCUGGGACCGAUAUCACUGGUACCGAUGCUGGUUCGGACUGCUACUGCUACAGUGAUGCAGGAAAUGAUCCCAUCAACAACGCUCUGAUCACGGCCAAGCGCUCCGUUGCGAUAGAUCAAGAGCUCGUUCUCAACGGUCCCAAGAACACCAGCUUCAUCGAUGGGCUCAAAGUCCUCCGGUCGGUGUCCCUGGAAAGUUGCUCAUCGAUCAGUAUUCCUAUACCUGGGUACGACAAAACUCCGAUUAUCAGUUACUAUGAUCUUGACAACCCAGCCGCCUUGAAUCCCACCAUGGGUAGUUGGAGUCCUCAAGUUCCUGUCAAUCUAGGCAACAAGAAGAAUGGAGAGCCUUACUUGACUAUCCCAUCCGGUGGUGGUAACAAAAAUAUCUAUGCCAGAGAACAUCCUUAUGAGGAAUCAAUGGUUGCUCUGUUCAUUGACUUCCUGGAACGGAGCCCUGACUUGUGGAGAAACACUGAUGAAGACAACACCUGGUGUGCCUGGGUUAGAACAAACUUCCAAUCUAGACCAGCCUACAAUCCUGCGGCCUGGGGCACAAACUCGUUGUUUGGCAUGCUGGGCACGUGCUAUCCUAAUAACGCAGCACAGUCGCCGAUGGUCGUGCUCGAGCAAGAUGCGAACGUGAUGAAAAACACUGCCUAUUUCUCGCAAGCAGCAGCCCUCAUCGGGAAAACCGCCCAGCCUCUGCGAACUAACGACAAGUUUACCUCUUACUGUCCCCAAAAACAAAUCGCGGUUCUACGUGCUGCUGCGGGAAUCCCGUCAUUCUUGAACGAGUACGAUAUCAGCCAGAUCUUCUUGCAACAGAGCAAUUGUGUUCGGUCGGUAUGGUCGGCUUGGCAGACUGCUUAUCGCGCAGCGACUGUUGACGCUCCAAACCGCACUAAUGUCAAUGUUCCAGCUCUCUAUGACACGUGGGUGCAUUCGGUCAUGAGCAACGUUGUGCCAUUCAUUCGUAAUCAACUUGACAACCUCAUCCCUCUCUACAACGGUGGCCAGACCACCGCCGCGGUCGUCGAUCUUUCGUGGCCGGUUCUGCUUGAUCAGGUCCAAUUCCAACGUGCUGGGCAAACCCAACAGAUCGAAACACCGGCUUCGGUGUACUCUCGUGGCGUGUCGGUCACAAGAACGGACUUGACGAACCAAGUGCGCAAUGCCAUUCCGGAUUUGAAUUGGCUAAACUUCCUACCUCACUGA